AUGAACUGGGGGGUGUUUGAAGGGCUCCUCAGCGGGGUCAACAAAUACUCCACAGCCUUCGGCCGCAUCUGGCUCUCCCUCGUCUUCAUCUUCCGCCUGCUGGUCUACGUGGUGGCGGCCGAGCGGGUCUGGAGCGACGACCACAAGGACUUUGACUGCAACACGCGGCAGCCGGGCUGCAGGAAUGUCUGCUUCGACCACUUCUUCCCUGUCUCCCACAUCCGCCUCUGGUGCCACCGCAUCUACCCCAACCCCGGCAAGAAGCGGGGAGGGCUGUGGUGGACCUACCUGCUCAGCCUCGUCUUCAAGGCCGGCGUGGACGUGGUCUUCCUCUACAUCUUCUACCAUUUCUACAGGAACUACACCCUGCCCCGGGUGGUGAAGUGCGAGCUGCCCCCCUGCCCCAACGUGGUGGACUGCUUCAUCUCCCGGCCCACCGAGAAGAACAUCUUCACCCUCUUCAUGGUAGUCACCGCCUGCAUC